UCCAGGCACCUAAAAAUUUUGAUUUCCUUCUUAUUUACUACAGGCUGCAAGUAAUACUCAAGUAAAGCUGAAUAAAGCAUUGGAGGCCAGAGAUCAAGAUGUCGGAAUCAAUGCUACAAUUAAUUAUGAGAUUCUUUUCACAGACAGUGUUUUCAAAAUUAAUGCAAGUAGUGGUGUCAUAUCUCUGAAAGAAGGUCACAGUCUGGACAGGGAAAAUAAGAGUGUCAUCACAUUAGUUGUCAGGGCAUACCAGGUGGAUAAACCUGAAUUUCGUUGUGAUGUUGCUACGGUAGAGAUCAGCAUUACUGAUGUCAAUGAUAAUGCCCCAGUCAUGUCUCAGGUUAGCUAUACUGCCUCCAUUCCAGAGAACAUGAAGAAUGGGCAGGUUGUCACAUGGGUAAUAGCCACAGAUGCUGAUGAAGGAGAAAAUGCUGAAUUUGAGUAUAUAUUGGAGAACUGCAACAAGUCUUUUGAAAUUAGACAAUCAGGAAGUAUUGUAGUAAAUGACAGUACACAGUUGGAUAUUGAGCAAACUCAGCAAUUUAACUGUACGGUUUAUGCACAAGAAAGCAAAACAGCAGAAAGAAAAAACAGUAGCAGAUCUUCUUUGACAAUAAGCCUAACUGAUGUCAAUGACAACAACCCAGGGUUCGUCAACAAAAGCUACAGUUUUAAUGUUACAGAUAACCCAACUGAACAUACAGCCAUUGGACAGGUGAAUGCAAAUGAUGCUGAUGUCUCAAAUGGAUAUGUAACCUAUGAAUUAAGUGGCCAAAAAGAAACUUUUUUUAAGAUUAAUAAAAGAACUGGAGAAUUAUAUCCUUUAAAUAAUCCUCUGUAUGAUUGUAAAAGGACCACGAAACUCCCCAAAUCUGUGGAGUUAGCUGUCACAGCACAAGACAAGCCUGAGGAAUCGGGAACUCAAAGGAGGACAACAGUGAGUGUGACAGUCAACAUACAGACAAAUCUCUGUCACCCUGUCCUGUCCGUCGUGGGAAAUAAUGUUUCCCAUCAUUCAGUACCUGAGGACGUACCACCAGGAUCCCCACUGCUCACCAUUCAGGCUUUUGAUGCAGACCCAGAUGACUCACCCCUUUUCUUUGACAUUAGUGGUGAUCAUGAACCCUUUCAACUCAACAAGACCAGUAAAAACAAUAUGGUUCAGUUGUCAGUCAGCAGUGCACUUGACAGAGAAAGAAAUGAACAUUACAGCUUCACAGUGCAAGCUACCGAUUCGAAACAUGUGAUAUCGUGGAAUUUUACAUUUGACAUCACUGACAUCAAUGAUAACGCUCCAGUCUUUAGCAAACAGAACUACCGUGUAAAUGUUACGGAGGAGGAGAAAACUCAGAAUAAUAUUAUAACAGUACAGUUGUUUUCCAUAUUUAUGGACACAAAUCUGAAGGUGAAAUUCCAGUUUUUUGAUGCAACCGACAAGGAUUUGACAGAUAAUUCCAAAAUAACCUACACGUUGGUGUCAUCAAAGUGGAGCGAUAAAUUUACAAUCGAUGCUUCAAGUGGAGCUCUUAACCUUGUGAAAAAGAUAGAUGCUGAUGAAAUGGGUUCCAACAAGACUCUAGAGCUAGUGGUUAUAGCAAACGACCAGGGAAUUCCAUCGUUAAAUAGCACCACAUUGAUACAUGUCACCGUAGAAGAUAUCAAUGAUCAUGCACCAGUAUUCAGCGAAGCUCCUCAGAAUCUUACAUUUACAUUUAAUGAAACAGAAAAACCCCAAAAUUUCUUCACUGCAAAGGCCACUGACAAGGAUACAGAUGAUAAAGUGUUCUAUAAACUGACAAAUGCAACAGAGGCAUUCCAUAUCAAUAAAAGAACAGGACAAUUGUCAGCAAACAGAACCUUACAACGGAGAGAUAUAGGUGUGGUUGUGAUUGAGGCUUACAAUGACAGAAAUUACAGUAAAAAAACUAUACAGAAUCCUAAACUUUUCAUUGAGAUCAAUAUUAAGGAUAUUAACAAUAAUAGUCCAGUUUUCAACUCAGAAAGCUAUGAGGAGACUAUUAGAGAAAGUUCUCUUGCGGGAUCAGAGAUUGGGAGUGUUAAAGCCAAUGAUUCUGAUUGGUCAGAAGAAUUCGGGUCGGUUUACUACUGGAUAACAGAUGGGAACUCCGAGGACCAUUUCUUGAUCAAUGAACUCAACGGUACCCUGUACCUGGCUAAUCCUACUGAUUACGAAAAGAAGACCAAUUACACCCUCACAAUCACUGCUUCAGAUUCAAGGGGGCUAAGUCAGACUAUAACCAAUCACAGCACCACUGCCUCCUUUGUAAUCAACAUUCUGGAUGUAAAUGACAACUCUCCCAAGUUUACACAGGACUUGUACCAGUGUAGUGUUAAGGAAUCUACUCUAGAUUUUAACUGCCAAGUAAAAGCUGAGGAUAAAGAUGUCACAACGGAAUUCAAACAAAUUGAUUAUCAGUUGGUUACUGGAUCCAACAGUAAGUUCCAGAUAACCAGUGAUGGAAAAAUAACACUUAAUCAGACUAUGGAUUAUGAUGCCGGAGAUCACAGUUUUAUUCUUACUGUGAAGGCCACUGACAGAAAUGAUAGUAGUCUCGCAAGUACGUGUAAUGUGAUGAUCACUGUGAACAACACUAACGACGAGGAGCCAGAAUUUCAGCAGAGAGAAUACAAGUUCAGUGUAAGAGAAAAUCAGGAUAGUGGGACGGAAGUCGGGGUAGUGAGAGCCAUGGACAAAGAUUCUGACUCUGCUCUGUUAUACUCGAUAAACCCAGUGAAUGAGAAUUUCUCUGUGAAUUCUACAUCAGGAAUUAUCACAACACGGAAAAAAUUUGAUUAUGAAAGCAAAGCAUCGUAUAACUUCACUGUCAAUGUCAGUGACGGUAAUCACACGAACACCACUUCUGUUUACUUGGAGAUCAGAGACAUGAAUGACAACGCCCCCACCUUCAAUGCUUCAGUAUACAAGGCAUACAUUCCAGAAACUGAUGUUAACAAGGUUAUCUUGAAAAAU